AUGCGUUUUGAUGUAUUGUACGAUUAGCUCAUUGCAAUUAGAUCAAAAGUGAUUAAGUCUGUCGGAUGUAUAAAUUAGGGUAGUAUCAUUAGAAAAUGGCAAGGAAAUUUAGGAACAGCAGAUUAGGAAACCUAUAUUGAAUACCAUAAUUUUGAUAUUCUUACAUAAGUAAAUCUUUAUCCUAUUUCUAAAGCUUUAAAUAAUAUUUUCAGCAAGUGAAUAAGAAAUAUAGAAUGAAACAGAUUAAUUAGAAAUUUAUUCCUAACAUUUUCAAGAGAUUAUGAGUUCUUUUAAAGUCAAAUAGCUGGAAUAAGAAGAGGAAUGA